AUGAAGUAUUUCUGCAAGGACUGCUGUCCGUGUCCGCACGGCAAAUUGAGGAAUUGGUGCAAGGACUGCUGUCCGUGCCCGCACGGCAAAUUGAGGACGCAGUGCCAGGAAUGUGCUCGCCCGUGCCCGCACGGCAAAGUUCAGAACCACUGCAAGCUCUGCCAGGCGUGCCCCCACGGCAAACUCCGCCACUGCUGCAGUAAGUGCAGUGGCUGCGAACACGAGAAGCCCAUCCGGGAUUGCCGGAUCUGCUCCUCCUGCGUGCACGGCAAACUCAAGCGCAACUGCGCGGUCUGCUAUCGCGUGAAGCUGCGGGAGAAGCAGAGGCCACCGGCCGCCUACUUCCAGUGCCCCCACAGCAAGCUGCGGAGGAAAUGCCCCCAGUGCAGCAGCUGCGGCCAUGGGAAGGUGAGGAGCUUCUGCCGGAUCUGCCACCCCUGCGAGCACGGGAGGUUGAAGCACAACUGCCCACAGUGCCGUCCCUGCCCACAUGGCAAGCUGCUGCGUCACUGUGUUCAGUGCAAUCCCUGCGAGCAUGGCAAGCUGAAGCGGAACUGCGUGCUUUGUGCGGGCUGCCCUCACGGCCUUGAGCGGCGGGCCUGCGCAGAAUGCAGCGGCUGCCCCCAUGGGGCGGUGAAGAGGACGUGCCUCCAAUGCAGCGGUUGCGAGCACGGAAUCGUGAAGCUCAACUGCCCGCUCUGCAGCACGGAGGUGUGUCCGCACGGCAAAGCGGCGCGGCGCUUCUGUCGCCUCUGCAGACCCUGCUCCCACGGCAAGGUGAAGUUCAGUUGCCGCAAGUGCAAGCCCAGACCCUGCCCCCACGGCAAGAAGAGGAACUGCUGCGUGGAGUGCGUGGGUUGUCCCCACAAGAAGCUGCUGCAGAACUGCGCGCUCUGCCAGCCCUGUCCCCACGGAGGCCUCAAGCAGAACUGCCUCCACUGCAAAGCCUGCGAGCACGGGAAGGUCAAGACCUCCUGCGCCAUCUGCCGCGGCUGCCCCCAUGGGAAGCUGAAAAGGAACUGCAAGCAGUGUGGUGCGAAGCCGACGCUCUGCGAGCACGGCAAGCAGAGGGCCAACUGCCUCAAGUGCAAAGGCUGCCCUCACGAGAUGCUCCGGCGGAACUGCCCCAAGUGCACCGGCUGUAACCACGGCAAGCGGAAGCGGCUCUGCGCUGUGUGCAACCCUCGGAUGCAGAAGGCCUUGCAGACGGCCAAAACGAAGGCGAAGGCCAAGGCGCAGGCGAAGCCUCGGAAGGAGCGCUGA